CAUGUUUCACCCCCCUCCUCAGUCGAACAACGGUGCUUUUUAGGAUGCUGGAGCAACGCGGUAUCAUAUCAUCAGGACCACAAGUCUGAGUGGGAUGGAGACAGUGAGUGAGAUGUAAAUGGAGAAGCAGCAGUGUCACAAAGAGGGAGGUGGACGUCCAAACAGUUUUAAAGUGCUUUAAAAUCCAAAAAAGAUCCUUUCUGUCUGAAGUAAUCCAUUACUGACCAUUAAUGUCAAACCGCAUGCUGGAGCAGCUUAAUGCUGCCUCACCAGGUGAAACGUCACUAAUGGAAAGAAAGCCUUAUAAGAUCCUACUCAUUAAAACACACCUAAAUGCAGCAUAAUGCCUUCCAAAGUGUCAUGUUUAUACCUGUUGACAGUGGUCUGCUGGGCGAGCGCUCUGUGGUACUUGAGUAUAACUCGCCCGACGUCCACGUACGUUGGCCACAUGUCAGUGCCUAUACGGAAGACUGUGAAACCUCAUAAAAACAUCACCUUCAACAACAUCCGCACCCGCCCCCUUAACCCACACGCCUUUGAGUUUGUCAUCAAUGAGCCCAAGAAGUGCGAAAGCGUCACGCCCUUUCUGGUCAUUCUCAUCAGCACCACCCACAAAGAGUUCGAUGCGAGGCAGGCCAUCAGGGAGACCUGGGGCGAUGAGUCGACCUUCGGCGACGUCCGCAUCCUCACGAUCUUUCUGCUGGGCAGGAACACGGACGCUGUGCUGAACCAGAUGGUGGAACAGGAGAGUCAGAUCUUCCAUGACAUCGUGGUGGAGGACUUUAUCGAUUCCUACCACAAUCUAACCCUCAAGACCAUGAUGGGAAUGCGCUGGGUGGCGACUUUCUGCCCCAAAGCACAGUAUGUCAUGAAGACAGACAGUGACAUCUUUGUCAACAUGGACAAUCUAAUCUACAAGCUCCUGAAACCCAACACCAAACCAAGGAGGAGAUAUUUCACUGGCUACGUAAUAAACGGUGGUCCCAUUAGAGAUAUGCGCAGCAAGUGGUACAUGCCCAGAGACUUGUAUCCGGAAAGCAAAUACCCACCUUUCUGCUCGGGCACUGGCUACGUGUUCUCAGCAGAUGUAGCUGAGCUAAUCUACAAGACUUCAUUACACACAAGACUGUUGCACCUGGAGGAUGUCUAUGUGGGACUGUGUUUGCGAAAGCUGGGCAUACACCCUUAUCAGAACAGUGGUUUUAAUCACUGGAAAAUGGCUUACAGCCUCUGCAGAUACAGGCGGGUUAUCACCGUCCACCAGAUCUCCCCGGAGGAGAUGCACCGUAUUUGGAAUGACAUGUCCAGCAAGAAACACUUGAGAUGUUAGGGGACACGAGAGACACUUACAAAACAAAACAAAAAACUUUAUUUUUCCCUUUUUCUUUGCCUUUUUCACCAUUUAAAAUAUUAUCACCGAAUGAUGUAAACACUGAGAGGGCUGCUGCGAGUCUAUUUCAAGACAGACGUUUUCAUUAACAUCCAUCUACGUCUAUUUCUCACCUCAUGAUUGUUAAUGAAUGCAUGAGGCUUGUAAAGUGUGUAUUCUCAUGCAUAAUUAAAAUGGGGUGUUGUUAGUGAAAGUAAUUUGUUCAUGUACUCCAGGUCCAAUUUACGUAGACUAUUCUUUAAAGGCAUUAAGUCAAUCAGCGUUAAGCAUUAAUUAGUGUGGCCUAACAGUUUGAGUCGGCAACAUUUUCUAUUCUAAAGUGUCCUUGAGCAUGACACUGAAUCUCUACCAGCUGCUGACCGAGCAAGCCUGACCUUCUCUAAGGAUUGCAAGCCAAAAGAAAAAAAUGUGUGGAAAUCAAUAAAGUAUCUACUUACCAUAUUAGAUCCCUGUAUGAUGCACUUCAGAAAUGUUUCUUAGAAGUGAGAGAAGAGUUCUUUUACAAUAAGAAUGCAAAUGUAACUCUAAUUAGAAAAACAAAAAAAAAACCAGGUCGCAUGCUGUGCUCUCACUUUUCCAUCUUACAAAGCUGAAAACAGGCUGCAGUCAAUUAUCAAUCAUCUAACGGAAGCUGAAAGGAUAAUUUGGCAUGAAAAGAAUUUAUAAGGCCAAAUGUUUGGGUUUUAAUCAACUCACACAGUUAAUCAGUCUUUUUUCUCGAAUUUUCCUGAUGUUUUUGUUUACAUUUUGUCCUCAUUUCACCACCUAUUUCUCUGAGAAAGCUGUAUGUAUAUUUCAGUUUUUAGAUGCAUUUUGUUGUUUUCCCACUCUGACAUUUUCACUCUUGAGGUAAUUAUGUGUUUCAGCUAUCAGCUUCUCAUUACUGCAGCUGCUGCUCUUGGUUAUGUACGCUGUAUAUCAUCAGCUAUUUCAGCUCAUCAGCCUCUUCCACACAUCAAGAGAAAUGCAGCAUCAUGUCGUACAAGUAUCAGUUUAAUUGUAACUAAGACCAUUACCGACUUGAUGAAUUAUCAUAUGUAUCUGGCGUAUCAGUAAUUAUGGAAGAACUGCUUCUGACAUCAUCGAGAACAUUGUCUCUUGAACAACGUGGCGUUCACAGCCAAAUUUCCUUUUCCUUUUAUUUUUCUUUCAAAGGUUUUGUAGUAUUAUAAGCUAAUGUGGCAUCUACUGUGAAACCAUCUAUCCCAUAAGGGGUUGUUGUUAUAUAUUGUAUGUUUUUUAUAUUAAAAAACAAAUACUUGAAUAAUUAAAGUUAUAAUACUGCUUUUACUCAGUGCCUUCUUCCAGUUUCAUCAGUUGGCGGGUGGUGAAGGGUUGCAGCUUUAUUGGCUUUUUUUGUUUUUUUUAGAGAUUUUGUAUUGUGGAGGGCAGUUUGCUUUUUGUAAUCAAUUAUUUAUUAGACUUAUAUAAAAAGAGGAAAGCGAGUGAAAAAGAAAAGAAAAAGAGUGGGUAG